UACAUCUCAUUCUAGAGUACCUACGGUACGCUAUGGACAGGACCGAACGGAGUUGAUCUACUGUAGCUAAUCCUAGUGGAUUCCGUCUGUGUGGCAAACUCCUAGGUAGGAAAAAGGGGAGAAAGAAAUGACGGAGUUUACAGAGCAGGACAAAACUGAUAUGUUACCUGUAUUGUUCAUAACAGAAUGAAGAAAAUACCAAGACACACUCAAAUUAGAUGCAAACCUGAAAAACUGAUUUUUUUUCAUGGAUUUAACUCUUGGAUCAGAACGGAAAGAUUUCUAGUCGAGCAGGACUGGAAAAUGAACAUGGAUGUCGGAGUAACGAUGGCAUCUUUGUGUAAUUAAAUCAAUUUCUGUCUUCUUUCUGGCACUAAAACUGCGCCGGCUGAAGUUUGCUCUAUAUUCAACUAUCGAUUAUAGAUGAGUCGUCUGUGGAGGCGUGACGUGCCCCUGUCUGAGCGGCUAGGACUCGGUGUCGGGGUUGGAGAGGACUACCCCCUGGGUGUGGCCCCUGGUCCCCGUCCCACCAUGACCCCCCCGGGCCCAAACAUCUCCUGGUUCCCAGAGGCCCCCCUGCUGACCUCAGAACAGCCCACCUUCCUGAUGACCCCCGCUGCCCAGACCGUGUCGGGCUUCUUCGUCUGGACCGCCCUACUCUUCACCUGCCACCAGAUCUACAUGCACCUGCGGUACUACAGUUCUCCUAAUGAGCAGAGACACAUCGUGCGGAUCCUCUUCAUCGUGCCCAUCUAUGCCUUUGACUCCUGGCUCAGCCUCCUCUUCUUCACUAACGAGGAGUACUAUGUCUACUUUGACACCGUCAGGGACUGCUAUGAGGCGUUUGUCAUCUAUAACUUCCUGAGCCUGUGUUAUGAGUACCUGGGAGGAGAGAGCGCAAUCAUGGCUGAAAUCAGAGGAAAACCUAUUCAGUCCAGUUGUGUUUACGGUACAUGCUGUCUCUGGGGGAGGAGUUACUCCAUUGGGUUCCUGAGGUUCUGUAAGCAGGCCACGCUACAGUUCUGUGUGGUCAAACCCCUCAUGGCCGUGGUCACAGUCAUCCUACAGGCCUUUGGAAAGUACCGCGACGGAGACUUCAAUGUGAACAGUGGGUACCUGUAUGUGUCCAUCGUCUACAACAUCUCAGUCAGCCUGUCUCUCUACGCCCUCUUCCUCUUCUACUUCUCCACCCGGGACCUGCUCAGCCCCUACAGCCCCCUGCUCAAGUUCUUCAUGGUCAAAUCUGUCAUCUUCCUCUCCUUCUGGCAGGGCAUGUUGCUGGCCAUCCUAGAGAAGUGUGGGGCCAUCCCCAAAAUCAACUCACCCGAGGUGUCAGUGGGAGAGGGAACGGUUGCCGCCGGGUACCAGAACUUCAUUGUCUGCAUUGAGAUGUUCUUUGCCUCUCUGGCCCUGCGUCAUGCCUUUACAUACAGGAUCUACAUGGACAAGAGGCUGGACUCUCUCUCUCAGGGUCGCUGUGCCCCAAUGAAGAGCAUCUCCAGCAGCCUGAAGGAGACGAUGAACCCUGGAGACAUGGUCCAGGAUGCUAUCCAUAACUUCUCCCCGGCCUACCAGCAGUACACCCAGCAGUCCACCCUAGAACAGGGUCACUCUGCCCCGCCAGUGUCCCGCACACACAGCACCAUCAGCACCCGCGACAACGAGAAGACCCUGCUGCUCAGCUCAGAUGACGAGUUCUAAGUUAACACCAACCAGCCCCAGCCAAUCACCUCUUUACUGACUGUUGGGGUGAGGUACUACCUCCUGGUUGUAUGGAGUAUUGGCAGGGGAUUUAAAGUGUGUUGUUUGGGGUUGGCAUCGACCUCAAUACAGGAAUACAGGACCAUAUGACUUAGCCUGGUCCAUUCAAUAUCCUCUACUACACACAAUUCAGGACUUUACAGGAACUCUUCUCUUGGUAGAAUAUACGCUUAUUGGGAACAUGAUGUUAUGGUUGAAACCAUUGUCUAGAAAAACUUCAAUGGUUGGUUAUAUAGGACUUAUAGGGAUUUUCUGAGAGAAUUCUACUUCACUUAUUAGAGAGACAUUUAUGGUUUGAAUAAAAGUGAUUUUAUGGUUACAAAGUGUGUCUGCUUGCUAGCUAUCAUCCAAUGAAGAUGAUGGCCCAUACUACAUUUAUAUUAAAGUACUUUGGCCAUGGAUGGCAUUUUAUUUGUCGUUUUGGUUUAAAAUGUUCAGUUUUAAGACCAUUCUCCGUGGUGACAAUUUUUAAAGUUGAUUUUAAAGGGAUGGUGUGGGGGAGUGGUUUAGGGGAGAACCAGCUAUAUGGACUGGAGUAUGGGACAGGGACAGAUGAGAGAGGGGGAAAGGAGGGAUAAUGGUUGGUUUGACAUCACUUGAUCAGAUUCUAGAUGAAGAGAACUGCUCUGGUGUUUAGUGGCUGUAGCAUGCAGACCCGCAGGGUGAGGGCAGACCAACCAUUAUUUGUAUGGUGAGGAUUAGGCCUUCAUCCAGCGAGGCUCACUCUGUCACCAGACCUCUGCUGGCCUCUAAUGUAGGUUAAAGUCAUCUAGGGUAAACACCUUAGUGAAACCGAUCUGUGUGAUCAGACAACGCAAGAAUAUAGUUAAAUGUUAUGCUACAUGGUUAUAAUGUAGGACAUUUUUAUAUACGUACAAUUCCAAUUAGACAGACAUUGCACAAUUUCAGGCAAAUAAAGUGUAACUCGAUACAAUAAAAUAUUCAGCUUUGUAAUGAAGUGUGGGUCAGUUUUAGACUCACUUUUAGUGUCGUAUACAUGUUUUCAUUACAUAGAAGUGAAUGUUCAGUGCUUACAGAGAAAAUAUAUUGCUUUAUCCAUAGUUUAGAUUUUAGUUCAUUGUAGACAGUAGGGGCGCAACUUUGGUUUUAGACGUGGGGGGGACAUAUAUAUAUUUUUUUCAGUCAGAUAAACACUCCAAACAGCCUACCCGACCGCUCAGAGACGUCCGCAUGGUCCUAAAGCACACAGUUGCCUUUUAGAUUUUUUUUAAAUCACAUACCAAUGAUAAAACGGGGGGACAAAUGCAAUUUCAGAAUAUGGGGGGGAGAUGUCUCCCUGUCCACUGUAAAAGUUGUGCCCCUGGUAGUGAGUAAUACGGGACUGGCUGCCAAUAUACAGUAAAGACAUGUUGAGUCCCUGCUGCUCCAUGCUCAAUCCUGCAACCAGAGCGCAGCAGGGAGACUAUUAUAUUUGGUCACUUGACACAGACAGACACACACACAAAUCUAUCAAACACAGACUGAUCAUGGUAACACGUUAUGCUUGCAGCCUACACAUUCUGUGUGCUAGAGAAAGGAAUGCUGUGUCGUGGAGUGGAGUCCCAGCCUCCGUCUAUCCUGACCUCUCAAUUUUUGCUGUGUGUGAAUGUGUGAUAGCUAGGCCCAAUAUGCGUAGGAAAGCCAGAGUCCAGAGAGGCUAUUGUCUGUUGGGUGGGUCAAUAUUUCCCAUUAAGCAGAGGUGGAAAAUGUACUAAAUUGUCAACCUUGAGUAAAGUAAAUAUACCUUAAAAGAAAAUGACUCAAGUAAAAGUGAAAGUCACCCAUUAAAAUAAUACUUGAGUAAAAGUUUUAAAGUAUUUGGUUUUAAAUAUACUUUAUCAAAAGUAAAUGUAAUCGCUAAAAUAUACUUAAGUAUCAAAAGUAAAAGUAUAAAUCAUUUUAAAUUCCUUAUAUUAAGCAACCCAGAUGGCACAAUUUUGUAUUUAUUUUUAAUUUACGGAUAGCCAGGGGCACACUUCAACAGUCAGACUAAUUUACAAACUAAGCAUUUGUGUUUAGUGAGUCUGCCAGAUCAGAGGCAGUAGAUGACCAGGGAUGUUCUCUUGAUAAGUGCGUGAAUUAGACAAUUUUCCUCUCCUGCUAAGCAUUCUAAAUGUAACUAGUACUUUUGGGUGUCAGGGAAAAUGUAAGGAGUAAAAAAUACAUGAUUUUCUUUAUGAAUGUAGUGGAGUAAAAGUAAAAGUUGUCAAAAAUAUAAAUAGUAAAGUAAAGUACAGAUACCCAAAAAAACUACUUAAGUAGUACUUUCAAGUAUUUUUACUUUACACUACUGCCAUUAAGGUAUGGUCAGAAUGUCUGCUUUAUUUAUAAUGUGGAGGCCGGUGUGUAGCAUGUUAUGGAACUACAGUAGGCCUUGAGAGGAAAGGCCAGAGAGCUCAUUACAUGUCUCCUGUAGCAUUCAGUUGAGUCCUCUAACACGUUGAAUAUAUUAUGAUGGUUUGGACUCAUCCCUAAACAUUUAGAGUUUCUGGUACAGAGAGAAACAUACCACAAGACCAUUUCAUUCUCCAUUUCCUAUUUUUCUGAUAUCUUCUCUCUGUGCUCUUUCUCUUUAUCUAGGCCUAGGGUGCAUUUUAUUAACCAGAUGUAGAAGACUUAAGAUAUCACUCUAUAAACUCUCUUCUUUUGACUAUUUUUCUGUAUUAUGUCAUAAAGCUGCUGAUAUUAUGCUUCUAUUUUUCAUCUAAAUAAUAUUCUGAGAAAAAAAUAUUAAGCCAAGAGAAAAUAAAGAUAUUUAGAUUUGU